AUGGCCUAUGCUAUUGAUUUGAAUGCUUUUCAAACCAGACUGAAGUUAUUUUAUAAACAUUGGGAUGAACACAGAACAAAUCUCUGGGGUUCUUCUGAUGCAGUUUCUGUUGCAUGUCCUUCACCUUCAGAAGAUUUAAAGACUGUGAAAUCUAGUGCUAUAUUCUUGUGGCUUCUUGGAUUCCAGUUCCCGCAAACAAUAAUGGUUUUCACAAAGGUGCAGAUUCAUAUAAUGUGCAGGCAAAAGAAAGCGACAAUUCUCGAAUCUGUCAAAAAAUCGGCUAAAGAGUCGGUUGGUGUGGAGAUUGUGUUGCAUGUCAAGGCUAGGAACGAAGAUGGAGCUUCUCUUAUGGAUGCUAUAAUUUGUUCCAUUCGCGCUCGUUCAAAUUCCAAUGUUGGAUACUUAGCUAGAGAGGAGCCUGAAGGGAAACUGAUUGUUGCAUGGGAUGAGAAGUUAAGAAAUUCAAAGUUUGUUUUGAGUGAUGUGGCGAAUGGGUUUUCUGCGUUGUUUGCGGAGAAAAGUAGUGAAGAAGUUAUGUUUAUCAAGAGAGCUGCCUACCUUACGGCUAGUGUGAUGGAGAAUUUUGUAGUUUUGAAGCUUGAGAAGGUGAUUGAUGAUAAGAAAAAAAUUUUGCAUUCUGCAUUGAUGGAGGAGACGGAGAAAGUUAUAUUGGAGCCUUUGAAAGUUAACUGUAAACUGAAGACGGAUAAUGUUGAUAUCUGUUACCGUCCGGUUUUUCAGAGUGGGGGGAGGUUUGAUCUUAGGCCUAGUGCUGUCAGCAACAACGAGGCGCUUUACUAUGCCUCUGGCAGUGUAAUUAUAUGUGGUUUCGGUGCGCGGUACAAGAGCUAUUGCUCGAAUAUAGCUAGGACUUUCUUGAUUGAUGCAGACCGUAUUCAGAGUAAGGCUUAUGAGAUUCUUCUGAAAGUGCACGAGGCUGUUAUUGGGUCUCUAAAGCCUGGAAAUAAAUUGUGUGCUGCAUAUCUAGCUGCAGUUUCUGUUGUGGAGAAGGAUGCCCCUCACAUGGUUUCCUGCUUGACAAAGUCUGCUGGGACAGGCAUUGGUAUUGAGUUUGGAGAAUCGGGUUUGGAUAUUAAUGCGAAGAAUGACCAGAUAGUUAAAGAAGGCAUGGCAUUCAAUGUGUCAAUAGGAUUUCAGAAUUUGCAGUGUGAGAACAGUGAGACUAAGAACAAGGUCUUCUCUCUCUUACUUGCUGACACGGUCAUCGUCAACAAAGACAAGACGGAUAUUGUGACUUCAGUGAGCUCCAAAGCUUUAAAAGGCGUGGCUUAUUCUUUCAAUAAGGACGAUGAAAAGGAAAUUCCCAAAUCAAAGGCUGAUCGCAGUGGUGCAGAGCCUUCGAUGUCUAAGGCAGCACUGAGGUCAAACAAUCGAGAGGUUUCAAAAGAGAAACUCCGAAGACAGCAUCAGGCAGAACUUGCUCGUCAAAAAAAUGAAGAAACUGCUAGGCGACUUGCUGGUGGUGGUAAUGAGGCAGGAGGAAACCGUUCUUCUUCCAGGUCUUCUGCAGAACUGGUCGCCUACAAGAACAUCAACGACCUUCCCCGUCCCAGAGAGAUGAUGAUUCAUAUUGAUCAAAAGAAUGAAGCAGUUCUCUUGCCAAUUAAUGGAAGUAUGGUUCCUUUCCAUGUGCAUUUCAUUCGAAAUGAAGAUAUCCAGCCGGACACCAACCGCAAUUGCUAUGAAGCUAUAUUCCGCUCCAAGGAUUCAACUCACAUGAGUGAGGUUGUGCAAUCCAUCAAAACACUGAGGAAACAAGUUAAAGCAAGGGAGUCUGAGAGAGCCGAGAGAGCAACUUUGGUUACCCAGGAGAAACUGCAGCUUGCCAACAACAGAUAUAAGCCAAUAAGAUUGUCUAACCUAUCGAUUCGCCCUGCUUUUGGUGGGCGUGGAAGGAAGAUACCAGGCACUCUUGAGGCUCAUGUGAAUGGAUUUCGAUAUUCUACCACCCGAUCUAAUGAGCGUGUUGAUGUGAUGUUUGCCAAUAUUAAACACGCAUUCUUCCAGCCAGCACGAAAUGAAAUGAUUACUCUCCUGCACUUUCAUCUGCACAACAAUAUUAUGGUAGGAAAUAAGAAGACCAAAGAUGUUCAGUUUUAUGUUGAGGUAAUGGACAUGGUUCAGAAUGUGGGAGGUGGGAAGAGAUCAGCUUAUGAUCCUGAUGAGCUUGAAGAAGAACAAAGAGAGAGAGAUAGAAAGAACAAGAUUAAUGUAGAAUUUCAAAGCUUUGUGAAUCGAGUACAUGAUCUCUGGCGACAACCACAAUUCAAUGACCUUGACUUGGAGUUUGAUCGACCUCUUAGAGAACUUGGCUUCCCUGGGGUACCUCAUAAAUCUUCGGUAUUUAUUGUCCCUACCUCAGCAUGUCUUGUUGAACUGAUAGAGACUCCUUUCCUUGUUGUCACCCUAAGUGAUAUUGAGAUUGUGAAUCUGGAGAGGGUUGGCCUUGGUCAGAGGAACUUCGAUAUGACAAUUGUAUUUAAGGACUUCACGCGGGAUGGUCCUUAG